UUGCCCAAUAACCAAAGCAUAAGCGCACCGUCUCCUGUAGAAUUUAGUGAGGGUUUGGAGUUCGUCUUCGUGUCUCUCUCUCUCUCUCUCUCUCGUUGAUGGAAAAAGGCAAAGCCGCUGGAGCCAUUACAAGAUCGUUUCAGAACCUCGAUUUGAAUCUCAAUUCCAACAACCCCAAAUACACCGAUUAUAUCACCUCCACCUUCCAUUCCUCCAUAUUACCACUUGAGAAGUCAAAGCAUCCAAGUUUGGUCAGCUUAUGUCUCGGAGUUGUUGGGAAGCAUUUUGAGGAUAUCAUGAUGGACUUGGGAGAGAUUGCUGCUAACUUUCCUGCUGAUAUUAAGCUGGCAAUGGCAGCAAUUGCAAGAAGAAGAAAGUUAUUGAAUGAUGCUGUCAUCAUAUCAUUGGCUGAGAGCUCAUGGGAAAUCCUUGAUUUAUCUGGUUCAGAUGUUUCUGAUUUUGGCUUGUCAAAAGUUGCAGAUAUGUGCAAAUUUAUUCGAGCUGUGGACAUAAGCCGGUGCAGCAAAAUCACAUCAUGUGGUGUUUCUGAACUCGUGCAGCACUGUCGUUCAUUGGAGAUAUUAAGAUGCGGAGGGUGCCCGAGGAGUGACGAUACUGCACGCAGAUGCUUGGGUAUCUUGAAACCUAGACUGGAGGAUGUGGAAGGAGAGUCUUGGGAGGAACUUGAUACCAUGGAGAUUGCUCAUGGUGCCCCAUCAUUACGCUGGCUUCUAUGGCCAAAGGUUGACAAGGAUUCAAUGGAGAGCUUAUCCACAGAAUGUCCGCGGAUUAUAGUAAAUCCCAAACCAUCACCUUUUGGUUACAGAGGUGUUGAAGUUCCCAGAGAAGCACAACCAAACAUAGCAUUGGAUGAUCCUAUUGUGAAAGACGUGGAUCCUAAAACAUGGGCGGUUUCUGGGUAUUCAGCUAGGGCUUCUUCUACAUCUGUUACAAGUGCCACGGACUUGCCAAUUGCAGAAAAGUUUAGGCUUGCGUUUGUGGAGAGAGAUACACGGCUAGCACCGAAACGUGCAAAGAAUGCAAGACAACAUCAACGGCGUGCAGAGAGGGAGUGGGUGAUGACGAGUACAAGAGCAAAAUCAAUAGCUCUUGCCUCACAAGCAAGCAAAUCUCUGCAAAAUCGAAACUAGUUGAUAAAACACAAUGCUCUAUUAAAUUACUACAAAUUCUUAUAAAGCUUGUUUUUCUUUUGUGUUUGUGUUGUAUAUUUUUUAUAUAUGGUGAGGAAUGUAACGUUUAGAAUUUAAUGAUUUGGUUUUUUAUUUUGUUCA